UAGUUCCCGGUGAUCUGGCCAGCAGGGGAACAAAAAGUUUCCUCACGGUUUUUGAAAUGUGCUUCCACUCAGCUAGAUAAAUGUUUAACUUCAGUAAAAUCUAAACUCAUCCCUGCGCGGAGACACAUGCCUUUUUUUCGGGGGUGUUUCUAUUUUAUAAUGGGUGUUGCAGAGUGAACCGACAGAGAGUCCCGGGGCAGAGCGUCGCCAAGAGUCCGGAGGCUGAGGUCUGUGUGCGCCUUUUCUUGGAAAAGCCUCCCAAAAAGCUCAGUGUUGCCAAAGAGAACCUGCGGAGGCACACAGCCGCGGAGCAGACUCAGCACUUUGGGCACAUUCUGUCGGAGGAUUUCACCUUUCUGAGCCUGGAGGAUCAUCUCACAGUUUGUUGGACUUAAAACAAUACCGGAGGGUUUAAUUGGAUUCAUUAAUUUACCGGACGCGUAAGUAUUUGGAGAUGUGACGUGGUCCAAACUUUUCGCCACUGAAAGACUUUGAUUUUCCCCUGAAAGACGAGGAUUAUUACAAAGUGUUAGAUGUGUGUGUGACAUGAUAUUACCUCCUGGGAUUAUAUUUAUGCACACGGAUGGUUGAGAUUUUUUGGAUGUAACUUUUACGCACACUCUUUUUUCGCGUUGUCUGGCACACACAGAGGUUUCCUGAGCAGAAGGAAUGAUCUGAAACACUUCUCUGGCUCUGUGCUGCUCGCUGUAUGUCUUCAUCUGGAGUUCAUUCUUUUAUGAAAUGCACUAAAGACGCACCAGGAUCACUGGAUCUCUAUCUCUCCCCCCUCAGUAAAUCUAACUGUAUCUCGCCACAAUGCGGGGGGCUUUCAUUCUCACGUUAUCUUUUGUCUAUCUGCUAACCUGGACAGGUGAAGCUGACAAACAGACUCAAAUUAAGAAAGUGCAAUUACGCAGGCGCGCGAGACAGGGACUUGGCCCAAAUGGGGGUCUCGUGAGGCGCAUGCACCCUGGAUUUGGUUCUGCUUUAUCGGUGCACAGUCCCACAAAGGAGGAAGACGUGCAGGCUGAUGAAGGAGCUCCGGUUUACACCAGGACUGUGCAGGGCAGAAGAGCAGGAGGUGUGACGUCACGGAGAGGGGUGAUGCAGGAUGAGGCAGCGCGAGGCAGGGUGCCCCGAGGACCCAGCAGCCAGAGCUCGGGGUCUCCAAACCUUCUGGCCACAUUCGCAGGAAAGAACCGGGUUCUGGUGAUUUCUGCUCCCCACGAAUCAGACGGAUACUACCGGAUGAUGAUGUCUCUUCUGAAGUCAGAUGUUUACUGCGAGCUGGCAGAGAGACACGUGCACCAGGUGGUCAUCUUCCAUCAGGAGGGGGAGAUGGGGGGGAAGGUGAGGAGGAUCACCAAGGAGGGGAAGGUGAUGGAGGAACCGCUGGACACCGCUCUCAUCCCCAGACUCAUGAGCUUCCUCAAACUGGAGAAAGGUAAGUUUGGGAUGGUGCUGCUGAAGAAGACGCUGCAGGUGGAGGAGAGGUACCCGUACCCAGUGAGGCUGGAGGCGAUGUACGAGGCGAUCGACCAGGCGCCCGCGAGGAAGAACGAGAAGCUCAGACAGAAAGGAUUCGUGCAGAAAUGCAAAGCUGCAGGAGUGGAGGGUCAGGUGGAGGAGGGCACGCUCACAGGACAAGUAGAUACACGAGUACAAAGAUUACCACACAAGAAGAUCCCAAGAAAGCCCCAAACAACAACAACAACCACAGCUGCCACAACAACAACAACAACAACAACCACUACACGACCAACCACCACAACUACAACUCGGCCCACCACCACGAAGAGAGCAACAACAACCACCACACGACCAACCACCACAACUACAACUCGGCCCACCACCACCAAGAGAGCAACAACCACCACCACGACAAAAGCAACAACAACAACAACAACCACCAAACCCACCACCAGAAGAACCACCACAAAGAGAUUCACCACCACCACCACUCAGAGACCCACCAGAGCCCAGACGACCUCCCAGUGGCUCCCAGUCCCCAGGACCACCGCUGACCCCUCCCACUACAGCAGAGCGAGGGAGAGGAACCAGGUGAAGACCACCCCGUCUGGAGAUAACCGAACGGAUAAAGACAACAGCGAUCCAAACAGCCGCAAACUGGUUCCCUCCACUCAAAAACCAUCAAAGAUCAAACCCACUAAGAGGAAGAACGGGGGAGGAAAGGUGAUGACAAAUGAGUACGAGGACAGGUUUGAAGCGGGCAAACCCACAGUGAGUGAUCCUGAGGAAACCUUCACCAGCAUCAGUCCCACAAAGAGGGUGAAGGGAAAACAAGAUAAGCUCGACAAGAGGAAGAAAAAGAACGACAAGGCUGGCAAGAAAGGCGAGAGGAGAGGAGGAAAGGCCGGGAAGAUCGGGGGGAAGAAAAAUGGAAAGAAGUUGUCAAAGUACCCGGAGAAAGAGGACUUCCCGAAGCCCACUAAGAAGCCGACGCCCCCUCCGAAGGGAUCUCUGGCCUCCUUCCUCGAAUACUUUGAGAACAGGAGGCGACUGCUGCUGAUCACGUCCCCCGGGGAGGAGAGCAACAUGUACGUUCAGCAGAGAGAUGAGUACCUGGAGUCUGUGUGUGAAAUGGCCAUCAGGAAAGUUUCCAUCAUCACCAUCUUCGGCUCGCUGAGCAACUCCACCAUGAAGAUCGACCACUACCAGCUGGAGAACGAUAAGCCGAUGAAGGGUCUGCGUCAGGAGGACUUGGUGAACCAGGAUCUGAUCACAGAGCUGAGGAAAGAGUUCAGCAUGACGUAUGAUGACUUCUACAUGGUGCUGACAGACGGAGACAUGAGGGUCAAGCAAACCUACGAGGUUCCCAUCGCCAUGAAGGCCGUGUUCGACUACAUCGACACGUUCUCCUCUCGCAUCCGAGAGAUGGAGCAGCAGAAGAGAGACGGGGUCGAGUGCAAGAAGGAGGACAAGCCCAGGUCUCUGGAGAACUUCCUGUCAAGGUUUCGAUGGAGACGUCGCCUCUUCAUCAUCUCCGCCCCAAACGAUGAGGACUGGGCCUAUCAGCAGCAGCUCUACGCCCUCAACAGCCAGGCCUGCAACCUGGGUCUUCGGCACAUCGCCAUUUUGAAGUUGGUCGGCACGGACCUGGCAGACAUUGGUGGAGUCCUGGAACUUUAUCCUAUCAAUGGCAGUGCCACUGUGGAGCGAGAAGGAAUGUCCGGCGCUCUGGUGAAAGACAUGAGGAACUACUUCCAGGUCAGCCCAGAGUAUUUCUCCAUGCUGUUAGUGGGGAAGGAUGGAAACGUGAAGUCCUGGUACCCCUCCCCCAUGUAUUCCAUGGCCAUCAUCUACGACCUGGUGGACUCCAUGCAGCUGCGCAGGCAGGAGAUGGCCAUCCAGCAGUCACUGGGCAUGAGAUGUCCUGAGGACGAGUACGGAGGAUAUGGAUACCACCAACAUGGAUAUCAGGAUGGGUAUCACCAGGGUUAUGGGUACUAAGAUAAGAUAAGAGUAACAUCUCCCUGAGGAUCCUCUUGCUUUCCAUCACUUCUUUCCUUCCCAUCCUCUAAACACUUCAGUUAUGCCCUGCUGUUGAUUCUCUGUACUUUCAGACAUCACUUCUUUCCUACCCUAUUCUCCACCUCCUCCCUGAAUGUUUUGUAGCACUUAGUGAAAGCGUCACACCUGUUGCUUUCACCUUUCCACAUCUUAAAUAUAUAUAUUGCAUAGUACGUCCCUGAGGACGAGUACGGAGGGUAUGGAUAUCACCAACAUGGAUAUGAACAUGGACACCAGGAUGGUAUCACCAGGGUUAUGGGUACUAACAUUUCCCUGAGGAUCCUCUUUACAUUCAGCCAUCACUUCUUUCCUUUUCCUCAGAGAGGGCAAAAGUACACGCAUCCUUUACUCAAGUAGAAGUACAGAUACUAGUGUUUAAAAAUACUCUGGUAAAAGUAGAAGUACUGACUAAACUUCUUUACUCAAGUCAAAGUAAAGAGGCUUUGAAAUGUACUUCAGUAAAAAGUACCCAUAACUAGCAGCUGUUUUAAAGAGUACCUGACCUCCCUUUAUAUUAAUAGAACAAUAAUGUCAUUGUUAGCUAAUGAAUGUUUCCAUGCUGAACAACGGCAACAUGACAACGUUUUCAUUGGUCCCUCUUCUUUAGAGAAGACCAGGAAAUGAUGGAUACACGGAUCGUGUUCAAAUCAAUAGGCACGCAAUGACUCUAAAUAAUAAUGAUCACGCCACCAAACACACAUUCAAACUAAAGGAACCAGCCUGUUUGGGAAAUGUGAGAAGUAGAAAGUACAGCUUAAGUACAGCAACUAAGUAUUUGUACUCCACUACUUCCCGCCCUCCACCUCCUCCCUGAAUGUAAUGUAGCACUUAGUGAAAGCGUCACCUGUUGCUUUCACCUUUCCACAUCUUAAAUAUAUAUAUUGCAUAGUAUGCUGCAGAGUAUUGGUGAUUAAGGAACUUAAAUCAGAGUCGGCUAGUCAGUAAAUGUGUAGAUGAGAUCUGUUUUCUUCACGUUCCCUGUCUCCUUCACUUGCCUUCCAGGUCAAAUUAACAUAUUCAUUUUUAUCAGUUCAGACCUUUAUUUUGUAGAUAAUAGGCUAAGAUAAGACAUAUAUGUAUUUAUUGGACUUCUGUUGCAUUUGAGGUGCAGUUAUUUGCUUAUUUUAUGAAAAGAAGCUGUCUUUUCAUUUCUCUUUUGUAAAGUUUCUGUUGCUAUAAAGUGUUCUUAUUUAUACUCUAUUGUGCUAUAUGACAAAUAAACAUUUGUUUACUACU